AUGAAACUCCACUUGGUUGCCCUUGUGGCCUAUCUAUUCGUUGGCAUUGCAUAUGCGGCAUAUAUCCGGUCGACUGAGCCACUACUGGACGCGUCAUUCAUCAGUCCUAAGCUUGCACGAAGCUCCAGUGUAAAGCCUGCCAAGACUACUCCAUGCUCAGGCAAUUCACCCAAGUCCAGAUCAUCCUGGUGUGAUUAUAGCAUCAGCACGGACUACGAGAAUGUUGUCCCUAAUACUGGUGUGACGCGGGAGUAUUGGUUUGAUAUCAGGCAAGUACAACUUGCUCCAGAUGGCUUCGAACGUCCAGUUUGGACUGUGAAUGGUCAAUUUCCUGGGCCGACUCUCUUUGCGAAUUGGGGUGACAAUGUCACCAUCCAUGUCACAAAUAACCUGGGUCCUCAGGAAAAUGGAACUACUAUUCACUGGCAUGGCGUUCGUCAGAAUUAUACAAACUCCAAUGAUGGUGUCGGCUCCAUCACACAAUGCCCCAUUGCACCUGGAAGGACAAUGACAUACACGUGGCGGGCUACUCAAUAUGGCUCGUCGUGGUAUCAUGCUCACAUUGGCUUGCUAGCCUGGGAGGGUAUUUUCGGGGGUAUCGUCAUCAACGGGCCGGCAACUGCAAACUAUGAUGUUGACAUGGGAUCUUUAUUCUUGAGUGAUUGGACUCAUCGGACUGUGGACGAACUGUACUUGGAAGACCAGAUAAAUGGUCCCACCAAUUUGACAAAUGGACUUAUUAACGGCACCAACGUUUAUCAGCCCUACGAUUCCCCCACUGUUCUUUCAGGCCAACGGUUUACCAUGAAAGUCAACCAGGGUACUUCAUACCGGCUCCGACUGGUAAAUCCAGCCAUCGACACUCAUUGGAAGUUUAGCAUAGAUAAUCACACAAUGGAAGUGAUUGCAAUGGACUUUGUGCCAAUCGUCCCAUAUACAACGGAUGUGAUCAGUAUCGGCAUGGGUCAACGCUACGAUGUAAUCGUCACAGCAAAUCAACAACAUAUUGCCGAUUCCUUCUGGAUGCGAGCAAUCCCAGGAAGUGAAUGUGCAGCCAACAACCAAAGCGACAACAUUCGUGGCAUAGUCCAUUACGGCAACAAGGCCAAGACCCCCACAACGACGGGCUACCCAGUCACAUCCGAUUGUCUCGACGAACCGAUGGCCAGUCUUGUCCCUUGGGUUGAGAAAAAUGUGGAUUCCCCGACAUACGACGAUAACACAGAAGUCGGCCUUUACAAAAAUUCAGAUAACCUUUUCCGCUGGGAAUUCAACACGACAUCCAUGGUCACCAACUGGCAAGACCCAACUAUAAUGGAUGUCUACAGACAAGACCUGGACUUCACGAACACAAGUAAUGUCAUCGAGCUCAGGGGGAAGAACGAAUGGGUGUAUUUAAUGAUCAACACUUCUAUCCCAGUACCGCAUCCAAUUCACCUCCACGGGCAUGAUUUCUCUAUCCUGGCUCAAGGAACUGGUGAUUUUGAUGCCUCCACCAUUAUAACAACGAACCCUCCUCGUCGCGAUACUGCUGUGUUGCCCCCUUCCGGGUGGCUGUUGAUUGCCUUUGAGACGAAUAAUCCCGGUGUUUGGUUGAUGCACUGCCACAUCGGGUGGCAUACCAGUGAAGGACUUGCAUUGCAGUUCGUUGAAAGACCGGAUGAGAUUCAUGCUCUCGUUGAUUAUAAGACUUGUGAAGAAAAUUGUGCUGCGUGGGAAUCAUAUCAGACGAGCAAAGGUCUUGUGCAGUCUGAUUCGGGUAUCUAG